AUGUUACUGGCAUCAUCACCGCUGAAAGACCUUACUGCAUCAUCUAACGCACCAGAAGAGGCGACCACCUCAACAGAUCCAGCGGAAGCAUCUGCUGGUCAAGCAAUCCCAAUAGGGCUUCCCUCAGAAACAGUGGAAGGCCCUGCACCAACAGCGGAAGUUGUCAAUCCACUUGUGUUAGUUGAUAGUACAGACGCCGACUCGGCUCUAGGCGACGACGACGCUGCAAGCGACACAACCUCCAUCGCUUCAACCAUACAUAAAGGUCGUUUCGAAAACGGCCGCCGUUACCACAAGUACCGUGAGGGCGAAAAUGAUUACUGGGGCCCCAACGAUGAGAUCCAGAAUGAUCAACUCGACAUUGCGCAUCAUAUGUUUCUGAUCAUGUUGAACCAGAAGCUGCAUCUGGCACCUAUCAAAGAGCCAAAGAAGGUGUUGGAUCUUGGGUGCGGAACAGGGAUUUGGUGUAUGGACAUGGCCGACGAGUACCCCGGCGCCGAGAUCCUCGGCGUAGACCUCUCCCCCAUCCAACCGCAAUUCACCCCUCCCAACUGCAAAUUCGAAAUCGACGACGUGACUCUCCCAUGGACAUAUACCCAGCCCUUCGACUUCAUCAACAUCCGCUCCUUAUACGGCUCCAUCGGCGACUGGCCAGCACUCUACACACAAGUCUAUGACAACCUCGAGCCAGGCGGCUACCUCCACGAAAUGGAAAUGAGCAUCCAGUUCAAAUCCGACGAUGGCACGUUGACCAAAGAGCACGUCUUGUCUCAGUGGAGCGAUCUCUUCCAUGAAGCAUCUGAGCGUUUUGGUAAGUCGUUCUACGAGGUUUGGAAUUUGUCGACGUAUAUUCGUAACGCGGGUUUCAAGGAUGUCGAAGAGCGAGUGUACAAGGUUCCUGUCAAUGGGUGGCCGGCAGACCCCCAUAUGAAAGAGUUGGGAAGGUGGAAUUUGCUGCAUAUCACUCAAGGAGCGGAGGGCUGGGGACUGUAUCUGCUGACAAAAGUCAUGGGGUGGUCGGUCGAAGAGGCUCAAAUAUUCUUUGCCAAGUUCAGAUCGGGGGUGAAGGAGAGGAAGGUGCAUGCGUACUUUGAAGUCGUGGUAAUUCACGCGAGGAAAUCUUGA